UUGAGCCUUCGUCUAGCUGCCGUACACCUUCAGCACUUAGGAGGAAUGGAUGCGAACUUAGUCACUGUUGUUGCUAUUCUUACAGUUGCAGUCAGCCAGACAUCUGAGACUUUGUUUCCUGGGGCCUUUAGCUGUUGCAUGAAAAUUUCAGAAGAAAUUCCCAAAGGAAUUCUCCGAAGAGUGGAGAGAUUUGGCAUCCAGAAAGCUGAUGGCCUGUGUCACUUAGAGGCUGUUAUUCUCUACAUAGAAGGCAGAAAGUUCUGUGUAAGCCCACAGAUCAGAAAAGUUAAGAAUUGGAUGAAGAAGAAGAGGUUCAGGAUUCACAGAAAAAAUGGUAGACGACAAAGAAGAACCAAAAUUAAAAAAAAAAGAGAGAAGAAACAGCGACACGGUGAAGCAAGCCCCAUGAUGCAGACACCAGUGGAAUAUGGCACUGUGUACAAAGACAGCAGAAUUCAUCAAUAAUGGGUGACUGUAGCACUAAAAUGACCUUUCAAAUAUGCAGUGUCUAAGGGAAAACGGUGGCAGAAAACAUCACCAGAACACAAGAACCUUGCUGGUCAGAACACCAGCAGAAUGACAAGGUCUUUUUGACAAUGUCUUGUAGUAAGUGCUCUGCCAUAUCUCUUAGAUCUACAGUAAAUUUCAAUCCUCCCUUCCCCUGCCUGGCUUUCAUGGCUCCCUCCCCUGCAGUUUCUGUUUUAACAUCCCAUUAAGCAGUUCCUUUUCCUUGUUCCAUUUUUCCCAGUCCCAUCCUUUGUCCCUUUCUCUUCUGUUCUUCUGUGUUUGCAGUCGUGGUUCUGCAAUACCUUUUUACUUUUGGCUAUUUUGUUUUCUCCCAGUCAUGAAUGUGGAUUUUUUUCUGACAUAACUUUACAGGUACCUUGGUCACUAGUUCAGUUCAAGCCGGCAAAAAGCAAGAUAUCUUUUUCCUAUUCCAAACUCUCUCUGUUUUCAGUUGUUAUUAUCAUUUUGCUGUCCAUGAGACUGAAAUUGUGGCAUCCAAAACUAUGCAGCAAAAUCAUCUCCAUUGCUUUUGCUCAUUUCUUUCCCCAUUCAAAUCCUUUGACUGUAGCCUUCCUAGCCUCUUUGCUGAAUUUCCUGUACCUACCACCGAGGGUUGCCCAUCAGGGCCUUUCUCUGGGGAUUGCUAAUGAUGCCAGUCUGGCUACCUGCUCCAUAGCCUUCCUCCCACUGCACUGCACUGUCUUCCACUGUGUGGCACAGUCUCCACUUCCCUCCUUGAAAUGCUUCAAACUAAUUUAAUAUUCCCACAAAGCCAUCUCAGUCAAAGGCACUUUUCCCUCAGAGGAGCACACAAAUAAGGGAAAAGAGAGAUCUUAACAAUUUGAGUAAAGUGCCACAGAAUGCGUACUCCAAAUAUGUUCCUGGUGAGCCAAAAAUACUUAACAUGGGAGUAUAAUCCUCAUCUUCCUCCUCUUCCCCUGUUAAUUACUGUUUGUUGUUCUCAUUCAUUGCAUUUGAUUUAAAUUAGCUCCUCAGAGUUGUCUCUUGUGUUUGUUUUGUAAUUUUUAAGUCUUAACUAUAUACUGGAAAAACGAGAAAAUGCACAGCAGGUGACAGUAGGUAGAAGUGGCUGUUAAUACGUUCCCAAACUAAAAUGAAGGUGAACAUCUGUAGCAAGAUCCCUAGAAGAUAGGUAUGGUCCCAGAGGUACAUAUCUGAUGAAAGAAACCAACUCCUUCCAAAACAGGUAAGAGAAAUGUAAUUAUCAUUUCUGAUGAGCGAGCAGUAUCCUAACAGGGAUGAGGCAACUCAUCUAACUGUUCUUCCAGUGUCUAGGAAAUAUUGUGCACACUAUUUACAUUUGCAGAGCUCCAUCCUCUGCCUGCUAAAAUGACAUGUAGCAACUGCUCCGCUAGGAGCAGAAAUCAGGAGCAGAAAUCAGGAUUAUUCUCUUUAUUCUGAACGUGUGCAGAAGCUCUUCCUCCUGAAUGCCUGUUACACCAUGCUGGGGAAGCAGAAGAAGUGCCUCUGACUGAUGCAAACUGAAAUUUGUUGCAUACAUUUUCCAUCAUUUCAUUUGCCUUCUGAUGCUACGCUUCUUAGGUACCACACUGAUGAGAAUGUGUAUUAGAAAGAAUCCAAUCCUAAUGGGCUCAGGUUAGCAGGGCACCAAGACCGCUAAAUUGCUCAGAGGUAUUAUGCCGUAUUUAUCAGUGUCUUACUGUUCCUGGCAGUCCUAUUUCUUUUGUUCCUCAUGCUCUGCUACUGAUUCCAAAUUUUAACUUUGUGCUUCCCUCUUGAGUCCGGUAUCUUGGGGUGGAUUUACGAUGACAUUUCAGUGCCUCAUCGCUUUCCCAUCAAUCCAAACAGUGACCUUUUCCAGCAAAGUAUUGAGUGUACCCUCAUUUCCAUGCCUGUUCUAUCAGAGGUACCCAUCAUAUCACAGUGUAAGAGCUAUGCGUCUAACUUGCCAGGCUGGCCUAGGUGUUUCUGAGGCCCCUGUGAGCCAUUUGCCUGUUUCGCGUACAGAACUGUUAAGUAUCCCGCUGUGGUAGAGGCAAAUCAAGAAGGUUUGGGAGACGGGGAAAAAAAGGGUGCAAAGUCAAGCUGACAGAAAAAAGGGAGCACAAAUAAGGAUAAGAAAAAGUGAAAUUGUGGUUCCAGAUGAUGAAGGGUGAGAACUCCUGGAAUACUCAGUCUGUUACAAAAAGGGAUGUCUCUGUAAUUUUAAGUAGGGGCUGCUGGGAAGCUCCAUAAAGUUCUGGCUUGCGGACCUGCGCUCAGCCAGCUGAAAGAAGGCACACAGCUCACUCGUUUAUUUCUCUAGUUUGGAAAGCAGUAUCUGCUUCCUCGUGGUCAACAAUUUUUGUGCUGUCAGCCGUCUUCCCUCCCUCCCCUGCCAAAUACAAGAUUCCUAGGUGCUCAUACAUUACUAUUACAUAGUUGGAAUUGUAACACUGCAGCAGGUCUUCCUCUUAUGCAUACUGGAAACAAACUGUGAUCAAAAAGCAUUUUACAGUUUUCUAGUAACUGGAAUUGCUACAAGACAUGAGCAUUGUCAAUGCCACUAAUAUGAUAAGACUCAGCCAGAUCUGCAACUCAGAUGCUACUAAAAUACUUGAAUUUCCUGGGCCAAAUUUAAAAAAACAGGCUUUGAUAGUUUCAUUUACAUCUUCAGGUUCUUCAGAGCAUGUGUUAUCUCAUAAUGGGUUCUUUUGGGUUUAGUAGGUCAAACUGAGAUUAUCAGAAAAUAGAAGUCAUCUCCCAGCUGCCAAGUGUGUUCCUAAUUUGGAUUCCGGGGCAUUUUGGGGGGAAUGGAAUUAGGAAUAACUUCUGUUAGUCAUCUAAUAAACUUUCUUCCCCAGUGUCGGUUUCUGAUGUAUCAAAACAGCAGUUAAAGAUCUACCGUCUGGUACAGUUUCAUUUUUUUGUGAACACUGACACACAAACACAUAAAAGGAAAACAUUCCGGUGUGGUCGGAAUAUUAUAAAUAUUAGUGUGAUCGCUUUGACUGCAAUACCAUGUGUGAGAUUUUCAGUCAAUUCUUAAAGUAAUUCUAUA